AUGGUACAUGACUUUACUUAUGUCUUUGCCAUUGGUACAAUCCUGGCUAUGCUUGAUGCUUUCAACAACGGUUCUAAUGAUGUUGCCAACGCUUGGGCAACUAGUGUUUCUUCACGUUCAAUUUCCUAUCGUCAAGCAAUGGUUUUGGGUACCAUUUUCGAAAUGUUGGGAGCUAUUCUUGUAGGUGCUCGUACUGCUGAAACAAUCAAGAGUGGUAUCAUUCCAGGAGAAGCCUUCCAAGGUAAUGCUGGUGUUCAAAUGCUUGCUUUCACUUGUGCUCUUGCUGCCACCUCUGCUUGGGUUCUCUGGUGUACUCGUCACUCUGCUCACGUCUCCUCCACCUACUCACUCAUCUCUUCGAUUGCUGGUGUCGGUAUUGCCACCGUCGGUUGGAAAAAGGUACAAUGGGGAUGGAAUAAAGGAAAGGGUCUUGGUGCUAUCUUUGCCGGUCUCGGUAUGGCUCCACUUGCUUCGGCUGGUUUCGCCGCCAUCAUCUUUAUGUUGAUCAAGUGUGUCGUUUUGAUUCGUAAGGAUCCACUUCCAUGGGCUGUCUACACCUCACCAUUCUUCUUCCUCAUCACCGGUACCAUUUGUUCACUCUCGAUCGUCUACAAGGGUUCACCAGCACUCGGUCUCAACAAGAAGCCACCCGCUUACAUCACUGCGGUCACUCUCGGUUGUGGAGCUGGUCUUUUCGUACUCUCUGCUUUGUUCUUUGUCCCAUACCUCCACUGCAAGAUGAUCAAGAGAGAUCACACCAUCAGAUGGUAUCACGUAUUCUUGGGUCCAUUCCUCCUCCAACGUCCAACCCCAGCCAUCACUGGUGCCGUCAAAGUUCCAAACUAUGCUGUCGUUCAAGAAGAUGAAGAGGCUGAGGAUGAUGGUGUCGAUUCAAAGGAUCUUGAGUUGGCCGAGAGCAGCAACGAAGUCAAGAUUGACAAGAGCAACGCUCCAAUCACCAAGACCACUAAAGAACUCAUCCAAGAAGGAAAGGACAGAUUGCACACUAAGCUCCGUGGACAAAAAGGACCACUCGGUUGGGCCAUGCGUACUCUCCACGAAAAUCCAAUGGGUGAAGGUCAAAUCUACGAGAAGCACAACUUGAAGGCCAUCUGCAAGCGUGUCCCAGCCAUGAUUGUCUGUGGUGCUCUCUACGGUCUCCACUACGAUAUCCAUGCCGCCCAAACUUCAAUCGCCGGUACUCCAGAGGGUGAACGUAUGAAACGUGUAUACGACGCCGCCACCAAGUAUCCAAAUGAAGUCGAACACACCUACUCAUUCGUUCAAAUUAUCACUGCCUGUACCGCUUCUUUUGCUCACGGUGCCAACGAUAUCGGAAACUCUGUCGGUCCAUGGGCUGUCAUAUACUACUGUUGGUCAACUGGAAAGGUUGCUGGAUCCAGCUCGCAAGUUCCAAUCUGGCAAUUGGCUGUUCUCGCAGGAUGUAUCUCAAUUGGUCUCAUCACUUACGGUUACAACAUUAUGAAGGUCAUGGGUAACAAACUCACCUAUCACUCGCCAUCCAGGGGUUGCUCCAUGGAAAUGGGUGCUGCUAUCACAAUUCUCAUCUUCUCUCAAUUCGCUCUUCCAGUCUCUACUUCUAUGGCCAUUACUGGUGCCACAGUUGGAGUCGGUCUUUGUAACGGUACAUUCAAGGCUGUCAACUUCCAACGUGUUGGUCUCUUGCUCUUGGCUUGGAUCUUUACCAUCCCAAUUGCCGGUGCCAUCGCUGCCAUCCUCACUUCACUUUUCCUCAAUGCACCACACUAUGCUUAA